AUGAACUAAUAAAACCCAGGAGCCGCAUUCGCAUAACCAACUAACAAUUAUAACAAUCAACCAGAUUAUCCAAAUUCUGCUCAACAUUAGCAGUAAUAAGAUUUAAACAACCAAAAUUUCUAAAAUAUGCCAAUUGAGGCACAACAGAAUCUUUACAAGAGACAUGCUUCUCUUGAGGAAUUGGAAGAUCGUCUUGGGUUUAUUAGAAAGGUAUACGGUAUUCUGUGUGCUUAGCUUCUAGUAACAGUUGGAAUGUGCUGCAUCCCUGUCUAUAAUGAACCCACCAGAUUGUGGUUAGACCAAAACAAAGGAAUUCUGGCUAUACCUCUUGUACUCAUGAUUACUGCUUUGUGCUUUAUUGUUUGCUGGAAAAAGGCAGCCAGAACUGUACCCUGGAACUAUUUAUUGCUCUUAAUAUUCACUCUAUCUAUGGGAUACAUAGUGAUGUUUAUUACCUCUCAAUAUGAGCCGAAAUCAGUCCUAGCAGCUGCUGCUAUAACUUUUGCUGUGGUAUUUGGGUUGACUCUAUAUGUUUAUAAUGCUAAAGAGGAAAUUGAUUACUCUUCAGCGGGUUGCACCAUAAUUUCUUGUGCUCUUUCAAUGGCUUGCUUUAUGAUGAUCUUCUCCGACAUUAAUAGAAACUCUACCGCUUAUUGCAUGUUUGGCGCUAUUAUGUUUGGAUUUUACAUUGUAUAUGACACUCAUUUGAUUGUUGGUGGAGGGCAUUAUGAACUAGACUCUGAUGAUUACAUUAUUGCAGCAAUGAUCAUCUAUAUGGACAUUAUCAACUUGUUCUUGCAUAUUUUAAGAUUGAUCGGUGAUAAAAAAUGA